GGAACAUAUCGACAUAAUAAAUAUGGUAUCUAAGUGUUUCUUGACGAUGGCUGCCGUGAGCAUGCUUUCGUACACGACCGUGGAAGGCGCUGAGUGUGACCUGACGAUAUCCAUUCUGAAAGAUACAGAUUAUUCCUAUAGCACGCCCAACAGUGGGGCUGAUACACCUGCUGUAAUUAUCACGGGCGCGAGACAGGGAGAGACUGGGGGAGGCAAGGCAAUGCCUGAUCCCAGAUGUGUAUACUACUACAGACCGGACAGUGCGGAGUUGGAGGACGACCCGGAUUAUGAUUCAAAACCAAAUUUCACAGGCGAUGAUUGGCCGUAUGCGGAGGCUGAUCAGGACUGCAAAGUUAACUUCGACAGUUCUGUGCCGGAGGAUUCAAUCUUCCGAGAGGAAGGCUAUGUUCAAAUAUCAAAAUACGACGGAGUCACUUUCGGCGGUCUUCCAACGUAUUUCUACCCCGAUGACAAACCUGGAGAAGGAGAUGAUCUGGAUGGUUUAACUUGCGUCUGCAAUUUUGGGCCGUGGACUUCUGUAGAUGACACAGGGGAGGGAGCGCAUUUCUCGGUUGAACAGCGAUUGCCGGAAAAGAAAGAAGAGAAAAUGGACAAGGAAGAGGAUAAGGAAAACGAAGAAGAAGAAGAGGAUGAGGAAAACGAAGAAUAAGCUUAUCGUGAACUGAUACCAUCAUGUUAUAUACUAGCCUGAUGACUCAUGGUUCCUCGUUUCAAUACAAGACUGGAUCUGUUGAGAAUCCGGUUGAAACGUUUUGCACGGCUUCAGCUGCAACCCCUGUUCAGAAAGAAAGUGUGUUUGAAUCUACACAUAACGAUAUAAUAUUUCGUCGGACUCUAUGCUUCAGAUAUAAUAGAGCCCAACUUGGUGGCCGCCACCGCAGCAACCUAUGCCAUGCGCAUUUAUAUGAUUCGAGAACUAAGCCGCCUUUUCAUUGAGAUAUCCAAGAGAAAAAUCGAGAAAACCCGUUUCACGUAUGUCUUUAUCGGUAGUUUUUGCAAUAAAUCUAAUCUAACUGA